AUGGAAGAAACGCCAGUUAAUGCGGCGCAUGCUUACGCAAAUGCGGCUGAGGAGUACGAGGAAAAAGAACAAUGGAGUAAAGCCAUGGAAGCACAUUUUCGCGCCGCAGAACAGUUUUUAUUAGCAAUGAAUUAUACAUCAAACCCUGAGGCGGUCAGAACUCUCAAAUUACUUUAUGCUAACCAUACGCGUCAAGGCAAAGAACUUAAACGACGUCUGAGCAAGCAAUCGCAAUCUUCACCGCAUCAAAAACAAGAGCAAUUUUCAUCAUCUAUUAGUGGUGCUGAUGGACAACAACAGCAAUCAUCCUCAUCAUCAUCGUCUCGUAGUAAAGCACAAAACUCAUCUUCAUAUCAGGCACAAAUUAAUAACAGCAAUAACAAUAAUCAAAUAGACCAAUCGGGAAGACAAAAUUCGAGUUCGUCCGCUCAUCGUCUACAUAAACAGCAGCAGCGUCAAAUGGAAAAGCUACAACAAACAUCAAGGUCAAAUACAUCAAAUUAUGCUAAUCGUCGAAUAAAGGACUAUCAAUUGGAAUCAAAUUCGUCUUCAUCAACUUUGGGUGUCCCUCCGCGUGACAACAUCGCAUCAUCAAUGAGUCCUCUCAACAAUUCGACAGUUUCUUCUGUUGAAGAAUCUUAUAUGGUGUUGAGAGGAAAUAAUGACUCUGCAGAUGACGAUGAUGCUGAUCCAUUUAAUAAAUUUUGGCAAAUAGUUGAAUCUCUUGUGUCAAAGGUUUCUAAUCCUGUGGCAUUCGCCACCGUACCUCUAAACGGUACGGACACACUCAGUCUCACUGAUCCACGUUUAUUAUCAGAUUCUACUGCUGUCGAUGUUUCAAUACCUUCAGAGAACAAACUAAACGGUCGAACGAUUAUCGAAUCCAAGAUUGACGGGGCUGCUUCGACGACAAUGAUGGAGUCGUUUUUUAUUAUACCGGAUAAGAAACCCAGAUCAUCUGAUACUUUUCAUAAACCUCAACAGACUCUAUCUACUACUACGUCCGGAAAAAAGAAAGCAGCACCAACCAUAAAUAAAACUAUAGAGGAAUAUGCAUUGGAAAAUCAACAGCUAAAAAUUAUCGUGGACAAAUUAUCUAAACAAAUGCUAGAUUAUGAAAAAGCCGCCGAAGAAAACAGCAUGUUAAAGAGUAGUAUUAUGCAAUUCAAGAGUGAUGUCGAAAAACAGGCGAAACGGAUAAAACAUAGCCAAGAAUUGAGAGCAUCUGUUAUGGUGAGACAAUUAUCACCAGAAAGUUCAACAGUUUCACAUUCUAAUUAUUUACAAAGGCGUAUUAAAGAAUUAGAGGAAGAACUUCGUCUAGUAAAACUUGAUAAUGAGAAGCAGAAAGCUUCAGAGGCUAAAUACAGGGAACGCUGGGAAAAACUCAAAGAAUCUGCCAAAAAAAAGCGCAGUGAAAAGCAAGCAGAAAGCUUAUCAGGCUCUCCUAAAUCAGCAUUAACUAUUGUCACCAAUCAAGAAGUAAACUAUUCCCAAGAAAGACCAUUAUCACCAACAACAACAUAUUCUAGACUAUCUAAUUCACCUCAGCUUUCUCCUUCUCCGACUUCUAGGACACCAACUCCGACCUUGUCCUUGCGACGAACAAUGUCUCAGCCUGUUAGUCUCUCGAAACAACGUCAAGGUGUUAGUGCCGUUCUCGAUUCACCACCUCAAAGCUCUAAUGGAGGAGGUGGAGCAGGAGGAAGUGUUAGUAAAGGAAAUAAUAAUAUUGGCAUCACUGCACAUGAACGUACUCCCGUUCCUCCUACCACCACUAUUGUUCAUGCUACUGCAACUGGCUCACCAACUAGAUUAACUCAUGCCCGUAGUAAUAGCAUUAGUAGCAAUGAUUUUCCAUUUGCAAUAUCGCAACCUGAAUUGAAACGUCCAAAUUCUUCGGGCUCAUUGGUUCCUUCGCAUAUUCAUAAUGCUGAUCUUGAACCUAUUUUCUCAUAUAGACGGGAUUCGGCACCCACGACAUAUGCCCGAAGAUAUUCUUCAACUUCUAUUUCUUCAAUAAAUGCUUCCGGAACUAAUUCUGCUCAGAGUGUUUAUCACAAUGCACCCUUAGCUGCAUCCGAUAUAUAA